AUGUCUUUUCGAUUUUCUGGGGGUUCCAGGGUCUGUUCUCGAGCUGGGUCUGUCAGGCUGUCCAGGGGAGGGGCAGGCUUUGUGGCUGGGAAUGUGUGCGUUGGGCCCGGAGCAGAGAGCAGUUUUUCCUGCACCCUCGGGGGCAUCUCUUCUGGAGGAAGCUUUGGCAAUGGCAACGAGGUGUCAGGAAGGGCGAACAGCGCUGGUUUCCUUAACAACGAGUCUGGGCUUCUCUCUGGGAAUGAGAAGGUGACCAUGCAGAACCUCAACGACCGCCUGGCCUCCUACCUGAACCACGUGAGCGCCCUGGAGGAGGCCAACACUGACCUGGAGAAGAAGAUCGAGGACUGGUAUGAGAAAUUUGGGCCUGGCAGUGGUCGUCGACUUGACUAUGACUACAGCAAGUAUUUCUCAGUCAUCGAGGAUCUGAAACGACAGAUUGCUUCUAUGACCUCCUGUAAUGCCAACCUUAUUCUUCAGAAUGACAACGCCAGGCUCACAGCUGAUGACUUCAGGAUGAAGUAUGAAAAUGAGCUUGCUCUACACCAGAGUGUUGAGGCCGACACCAACGGUCUUCGCAGAGUGUUGGACGAGCUGACGCUUUCUACGACCGACUUGGAAAUCCAGUGUGAGGCUCUGAGCGAGGAGCUGACAUGCCUCCAAAAGAACCACGAGGAGGAAAUGGGCGUCCUGCAAAACGCAUCAGGGGGGACCAUCAAUGUGGAGAUGAACGCGGCCCCCGGCGUGGAUCUAACCGCCAUGUUGAACAACAUGAGGGCUGAAUACGAAGAUCUGGCUGAGCAGAACCGCAAAGAUGCAGAGGCCUGCUUUAAAGAGAAGAGCGCGACGCUGCAGCGACAGAUUUCAGAUGAUGCAGGAGCAGCCACGGCGGCCAGAAACGAGCUGAUGGAGCUGAAACGCAACCUGCAAACUCUGGAAAUAGAACUCCAGUCCAUCUCAGCGAUAAAACAGUCCUACGAGAGUUCCUUGGCCGAGACCGAAGGGAAUUACUACGCUCAACUCCAGCAAAUCCAGGAGCAGAUCAGGGGGCGGGAGGAGCAGCUGCAGCAGAUCCGAACCGAGACAGAGGGGCAGAAGCUGGAGCAUGAGCAGCUGCUGGGCAUCAAAACGUGUUUAGAGAAGGAGAUUGGCAUGUACUGCAACUUACUGGAUGGAGAGGAACGAAGAAGUGAGUCCACAUGCUACAAAGCAAAGGACAGCAAGCCUGAGAAUGAAGUCAAUGACUCAACAGAAGAGACGUUUGUCAGAACGGUGGCUGAGGAGCUAGAUCAACUCGGCAGCCUCCUUUCCCUGAGAGUGCACUCGGUAGAAGAAAAAUCUUCUAAAAUCAGCAACAUUACCAUGGAGCAGCGGGUGCCUUCCAAAGCCCUGUAGUGACUGAAAGAUUGUUCUUAAAACAAAAGGCUGUCUCUGCAAAAUUCCAGUGGUCAAGUAACAUAAGAAAAUGAUCUGUGCCUGUUCUUAAAACUCCUCAGAGAACUAGACUCGGGUUUCCUUUCCCCACUUCUCCCACUGUCAUAGGUAAUACAGACGGAGGUGCCCGGACCCUUCUUGGACAGAGAAAAGAAAUCUAUGGAAAGCCAUUAUGAAGCCAAUAUGAAGCAGAGUUGGGGUUUACUAAAAGACAUUUUUAACUUGGAUCUGAAACUCGGGUCCAAAGAGAGGUGUUCAGAGAAGAAUGAGGUGUACCCUAGCAUGGGCUUGGGCUUUUUUUUU